AAGAGGGCCAACCUGUUAUCGGGCCUUGAACGUUUCCAGGAAGGGAUUAAGCAAAGGUUCAAAUCUAUCUACUCAUGAUUUCUUGGACCAAGUCACUUCAGAGUUCAGACAACAUUAUUACCGUUGACUUGACUUUAUGAGUCAACUAACAAAACCUCAUCUUCUCUAUGAGCAGAUCGAUCGCCAUGAGAAGCUAAUAAUUUAACUAUUAGUUAGUUUGCUCAGACAAAGUAAAAAAACAGCGAGAGAAAUCAUCGAAAUGGAUUUCAUCUCAUCCCUACUAGUGGGUUUAGCUCAGGGGUUGUGUGAAUCUUUGAAUAUGGCAGAGAGAAGAGGAGUUAAGGUUGAUCUUAGACAAGCCAUCACUGAACUCGAAACAGCCAUCGGUGAUUUGAAGGCCACACGUGAUGACCGGAAUUUACGGAUCCAACAAGACGAUCUAGAGGGACUAAGCUGCUCAAAUCGUGCCAGAGAGUGGCUUAGUGUGGUGCAAGAAACGGAGACUAAAACAGCCUCAAUUUUAGCAAGGUUUAGACGUCGGGAACAGCGGACGAAUAUGCAAAGGAGAUGCCUCGGUUGUUUCGGUUGUGCCGACUACAAACUGUGCAAGAAGGUUUCUGCGACACUGAAGUCCAUCGGUGAGCUGAGACAACGCUCCAAAGAUAUAGAAACAGAUGGCGGGUCAAUUCAAGUGACUUGUAGGGAGAUACCGAUCAAGUGCGUGGUCGGAAUUACCACGAUGAUAGAACAGGUUUUGGAUUUACUAAGUGAAGAAGAAGAAAGAGGAAUCAUCGGGGUUUAUGGACCCGGUGGGGUUGGGAAGACAACUUUAAUGCAGAGCAUUAACAACGAGCUGGUCACAAAAGGCCAUCCGUAUGAUCUUCUGAUAUGGGUUACGAUGUCCAGGGAAUUCGGCGAGUGUACAAUUCAGCAAGCUGUUGGAGCGCAGUUGGGUUUAUCUUGGGGCGAGAAGGAGACCGGGGAACAAAGAGCUUUGAAGAUACACAGAGCUUUGAAACAGAAACGGUUCUUGUUGCUGCUCGAUGAUGCCUGGGAAGAGAUAGACUUGCAGAAAACUGGAGUUCCUCGACCUGACAGGGAAAACAAAUGCAAGGUUAUGUUCACAACACGGUCUAUGGCAUUAUGCAGCAUUAUGGGUGCGGAUUGCAGGUUGAGAGUGGACUUUCUGGAGAAGCAAUACGCGUGGGAGCUCUUCUGUGAUAAAGUUGGGAGAAAAGAUAUCUUGGAGUCACCGUCGAUUCGCCGGCUCGCUGAGAUUAUAGUGAGUAAAUGUGGAGGAUUGCCACUCGCAUUGGUCACUUUAGGAGGAGCCAUGGCUCACAGAGAGACCGAAGAAGAGUGGAUCCACGCUAGUGAAGUUCUGACUAGAUUUCCAGCAGAAAUGAAGGGUAUGAACUAUGUAUUUACCCUUUUAAAAUUCAGCUACGACAAUCUCGAGAGUAAUCUGCUCCGGUCUUGUUUCUUGUACUGCGCUUUAUUCCCAGAAGAACAUUCUAUAGAGAUCGAACAGCUUGUUGAGUACUGGGUCGGAGAAGGGUUUCUCACCAGUUCCCGUGGCGUUAACACCAUUUACAAGGGAUAUUUUCUGAUUGGGGAUCUGAAAGCGGCAUGUUUGUUGGAAACAGGGGAUGAGAAAACACAGGUGAAGAUGCAUAAUGUGGUAAGAAGCUUUGCACUGUGGAUGGCAUCUGAACAGGGGACUUAUAAGGAGCUGAUCUUAGUAGAGCCUAGCAUGGGACUAACUGAUGCCCCUAAAGCGGAAAAUUGGCAAAAAGCGUUGGUGAUUUCAUUGUUAGAUAACAGAAUCCAGACCUUGCCUGAAAAACCUCUAUCCCCGAAUCUGACAACACUGAUGCUCCAACAGAACAAGUAUUUGAAGAAGAUUCCAACAGGGUUUUUCAUGCGUAUGCCUAUUCUCAGGGUCUUGGACUUGUCUUUCACAAGUAUCACCGAGAUUCCGUUGUCCAUUACGAAUUUGGUGGAGUUGCAUCAUCUGUCUAUGUCAGGAACAAAGAUAAGUGCAUUGCCCCAAGAGCUUGGGAAUCUUAGAAAGCUGAAGCAUCUGGACCUACAAAGAACUCAGUUUCUCCAGACGAUCCCACGAGAUGCCAUAUGCUGGCUGAGCAAGCUCGAGGUUCUGAACUUGUAUUACAGUUACGCGGGUUGGGAACUACAGAGCUUUGGAGAAGAUGUGGUAGAAGAACUCGGGUUUGCAGACUUGGAAUACAUGGAGAAUCUAACCACACUCGGUAUCACUGUUCUCUCACUGGAGACCCUAAAAACUCUCUACGAGGUAGGCGCCUUGCAUAAUUGCAUACAGCAUCUGCACGUUGAAGAGUGCAAUGGUCUCCUUCACCUCAAUCUCCCGUCACUUGCUAACCAUGGUAGGAGCUUGAGAAGACUUAGCAUAAAAAGUUGCCAUGACUUGGAAUACCUGGUUACACCCACAGAUGUCGAAAAUGAUUGGCUUCCAAGUCUAGAGGUUCUGACUUUAAACAGCCUCCAAAAAUUAAGCAGAGUGUGGGGAAAUUCUGUAAGCAAAGAGUGUCUGAGGAAUAUCCGUUGCAUUAACAUUUCACACUGCCACAAGCUGAAGAACGUCUCAUGGGUUUCGCAGCUCCCAAAGCUAGAGGUGAUUGACCUGUUAGACUGCAGAGAGCUAGAGGAAUUGAUAAGUGAACACGAGAGUCCAUCUGUUGACGAUCCAGCAUCAUUUCCAGCCCUGAAGACUUUGACAUUUAGGGAUCUCCCAGAAGUAAGAAGCAUCCUUCCAUCUCAAUUGUCUUUCCAGAAACUAGAAACUUUAGUCAUCACAAAUUGCCCCAAAGUGAAAAAACUGCCAUUUCAGGAGACGACGGUCCAAAUGAACUUGCCAACAGUUUACUGUUGUGAGAAGUGGUGGGAUGCACUAGAAAACGAUCAACCAAAUAAAGAGCUUUACUGCUUGCCGCGCUUCGUUCCAAAUUGAUAUAGAAGCUAUGAGUCCUCUGUAAAUUAUGGACAUAAAGACAAAUAAAUAUUAAUUAUUAUGCGAGAGAAAUGUUAAGUUAAGAGUUUGAGAAGACUUGACCAACAUGGCAGCUGCAUGGAUUUUCCACUGCUGCCUGUAACAUGUAGCUUUAGAAACAAAACAGAGCAGACUAUAGCUAAAGAGAGGUCAUGGAGAAUACAAAAGCAAAACCAUAUAAAACAGAUGAAAUGGCAUAAGAAUGACAAGAAACCUGAGAACUGUUUCUAUUAAAUGCAGAAAUUUCAAAUUUCACAUUGCCAAAACAUUAGAUAAGCAUCAGUAUCUCAUGAGACUUGGGGAAAGGGUUCAGAGGAAAUAAGAGAGGUGACAACUGUUGACAUUAGAUAUGAAAAAAAAAAAAAAAAAAAAAAA